AUGGUCCCUGGCAGCCGGCAGCAAGCACCGGCGAUGGGAUACGCUCCUGCUGGGAUUGCUGCAGUGCUUCAUGAUGGAUGGGCAAUGGCUGCGAGAUGUGGCAGCACGCUUUUCGUGGGCCCGGACUCUCUCCACACUACUGGUGCUCUCCAGCCACUUGUGAUGACCGCGCUCGGUCAGGGUCAGGAUGGCAGGCCGUUCUAUCAGCCUGCGACUCUGAAAGCUUUCGAGGAAGCCCUUUGGAGGCAGCGGGGUCAGGAUUGUCCGGGCCUUCGUUGGCAGCUCUCCAAACACCGCCCGCGCACGGAGGAAACUCGAGGCAUGCUUCUGAAAGGUCUGGAGGAGAUCUUGGAGCAAAUCCCGCCGAAGGUCAAGGCCGGUGUGCUGGUGUUUGAUGCCGACGCAACACUCACGUACAACGAGCUGAAGAGAUCUAGCUGGACAGCCCGAGGGUAUGACAAGCUGUUCAUCCUCGUUGGCGGUGCCCAUGGUUUUGAUGGGGCCAACGAUGAGGACGGAAGUUUCUUGGAGGAGGUCUUGCGUCUUUUCGAAGCCUACGUCGGACCGGACAACGUGGCAAAGGUCACCCUGACAGAAGAUGCCACAGCCGCUACAACCUUUCCGCUGUCCAAAGUUGUCAGCUUCGUCAGCCAGGCCUUCAGUGAGAGCGAGCUGAAGCAGGCCGGGAGUUUUGCUGCUCCAGCCAUGGGGAAUCCACCGGCGCACCUGCAGUUCCGAGACAUGUACAAACACCUGAACCUCACAGACUGA